GAGGGCAGCAGAGCGGGUCGUGACCGUAGCCUCCGCCUGACGCCCGAGAGCCCGGUGGCGGUCCCGCACCGGCCCGGCGGGAGGAGCCCUGCGCGAAGGUGGUGGCGGCAGCAGAGCGGCCUCAGCAAGUCGUCUUUUUCUGUAGCUGUAUAUAUAGAGCACCCUGGAGUCCACCAUGAAUGGACAGUUGGACCUAAGUGGGAAGCUGAUCAUCAAAGCUCAACUAGGGGAGGAUAUUCGGCGGAUUCCCAUUCAUAAUGAAGAUAUUACUUACGAUGAGUUAGUGCUAAUGAUGCAGCGAGUUUUCAGAGGAAAACUUCUGAGUAACGAUGAAGUUACAAUAAAGUAUAAAGAUGAAGAUGGCGAUCUUAUAACAAUUUUUGAUAGUUCUGAUCUUUCCUUUGCAAUUCAGUGUAGUAGGAUACUGAAACUGACAUUAUUUGUUAAUGGCCAGCCAAGGCCUCUUGAAUCAAGUCAGGUGAAAUACCUCCGCCGAGAACUGAUAGAACUUCGAAACAAAGUGAAUCGCUUAUUGGAUAGUUUGGAACCACCUGGAGAACCAGGACCUGCCACCAGUAUUCCUGAAAAUGAUACCAUGGAUGGUAGAGAGGAAAAACCUGCUGCUGCUGAUUCUUCUGGAAAACAGUCUACUCAAGUUAUGGCAGCAAGUAUGUCAGCUUUUGAUCCCUUAAAAAACCAAGAUGAGAUCAAUAAAAAUGUCAUGUCAGCAUUUGGCUUGACAGAAGAUCAGGCUUCAGGGCCACCCAGUGCUCCUGCAGAAGACCGUUCAGGAACGCCUGACAGCAUCGCGUCCUCGUCCUCAGCAGCUCACCCACCAGGAGUUCAGCCACAGCAACCACCGUAUACAGGAGCGCAGACACAAGCAGGUCAGAUUGAAGGUCAGUUGUACCAACAGUACCAGCAACAGGCCGGUUAUGGUGCUCAGCAGCCGCAGGCCCCACCCCAGCCUCCACAACAGUAUGGUAUUCAGUAUUCAGCAAGCUAUAGUCAGCAGGCUGGGCCCCAGCAACCUCAGCAGUUCCAGGGAUAUGGCCAGCAACCAACUUCCCAGGCACCAGCUCCUGCCUUUUCUGGUCAGCCUCAACAACUGCCUGCUCCACCUCCCCAGCAGUACCAGGCGAGCAGUUAUCCUCCACAAACUUACACUACCCAGACGUCUCAGCCGAAUUACACUGUGGCCCCUGCCUCACAACCUGGAAUGGCUCCAAGCCAACCCGGGGCCUAUCAAGCAAGACCAGGUUUUACUCCACCUCCUGGAAGUACCAUGACCCCUCCUCCCAGUGGGCCUAACCCUUAUGCACGCAGCCGUCCUCCCUUUGGUCAGGGCUAUACCCAGCCUGGACCUGGUUAUCGAUAAGGAGGCUCAGCUACACUGAUGAACGCAGCUGUUCACCUCCUAAAAGACUCCACUACUGUUGACAAGUUCAGAAAUUUAAAAACAGCAGAGCAUUUUUUAUGAUACCAUUGUUGCUGUUCAGUGAAAGUGUAAUUUGCUGGAACACAAAGACCAAAAUGACAAUUUCUUUGCUCCCCUGCUUUAAAAUGUAGCAGCUUCCUAGUUAUUUUAUUUUGGAACACUACUCUGAAAUCUGUGUAAGGUGAUUGACUUUCUAGUUUGCCUUGUCCAGAGGAUAUUAAAAAUGAUAGGUGUAGCCAUCUUACUUGGCUUUUUAUUAACAUGAUAAAUGAUGUACUAAAGUAGAUCCCUUUGAGAAGACAACUAGAUAUUAUGAAAUGUAACAUUGAUAGGCUAAUAAAGAUGAUUGAAUCCAUUAGUGGUCUUGUAAUUUAAUUUAGUUAUUAAAUAUUUAUAUAUAUACACAACUAAAAAGCAAAGUUUUUUCAGAAACCCUUGUCAGUGUUUUUCCUUAAAAUGAAGUAUAAAUAUUUCAACUUAGUUUUCUAUUCAAAGAAACAGUACCGUUUGGUUUUUUUUUUUUCCUGACUCUGAAUGUAACAAUCAUUGGCUUAAGAGAAGAAAUUAAACUUUAAGAGGGUUUUACAGGAAGAAUGAUGAGCUUAGGCUAUAAACACAGUAGAUACAAAGAAGUUUUGGUAGGUCCUGAAUAACUUUGAUUUUCCUUCCUAUAGAGAUGAAAAGUAUAGUUAUGUUUACUGAUGAACCAAUCAAAUUAAGUAUUCAGCUUUAAAAAAAAAAAGUGCAGAGUUUUAAAAAACAAAAUCACAGCGUUGAUAAAAAUGAAGCAUGUUGAAAGCUGAGCACAGGAAAGGUUCUCUCAGAACGAGGCUGACACUGCAGCAUCACAUCCCCCCCCCCACCAUGAAGGGAAACGAUACAGUUAAAC